UGAACAAACUUUUUUUUAGUUGGUUUAAAGCCAUCGCGGAGUUUAGAUCACAAUUCUGAGUUGUGAUAAAACUAGUUGUACGAAGUCGGAACCGGUAUAUGUAAUAUUGAAUUUCGAUGAUUUGAUGAUCGCAAAAAAAUGAAUUUUUAAAGAAUUUAUUAGUUUAAUUUAAAAAAAAUUGAAACGAGUGCCAAUGCUUCUGGUUGUGAUUAAUAAUAAUAAUUGAAAGUGGAAACGUAAAGUGAUAUUGCAAUGGAGAAUUUAGGAUAUAAGGAAGGUUCAGCAAAGCCAAGGCGACCCCGUCUGCAACGACGAAUUAGUAAAAUUGAUCGCGAUGAUUUGCCGCUAUCAUCAGUUCAAUCCAGGUACAAAAACGCAUCACCAAAAUUAAUGGUUCGAUGGCGUACCGAUCCGAAUGCUAUGCUGGAACAGCAAUUUCCCCCCGACGGUUUCGAGUACAUGGAAUGUGGUCCUUCGCCUCCAGCUGAAAAUGUUCCGAUCAACAUGUACGACAAGUUCGAAGAAUCGGUAUCCGAUUUGAAUGUUCAAGUGUGCAAAGAGACGAUUCGGAAUAGCUUAGUCGAACAGAUGAAGGCGUGUGGUGGCCGAACAAAACUGCUGGAUGAUAUCGAACAUGGACAAAUUCUGUCCACGAAUGUGGUCAGUCGAUUCGAGAAUGCCAUUAAAUUGGAGAAGAACAUUGCAUUUCUGUGGUCGUGCUUCUUUAAGCGAUGGGAUUUAUUGGAUGGAUUAUUGAAUGUUGGAGCUGAUGCAACGUUCUACGAUGCAAAUGGAAUAUCUGGGUUACAUCUGGCUGCAUAUUCGGGAUGUGUAACGUGCACAAGUUUACUUAUUGCGAAAGAUAUCGACGUUAAUUUACAACCAAAAUCGUACACUCCAUUACACUUCGCGGCGUUUAACAAUUCAACUGAAACGGCCAGAAUGCUAAUCAACAAUGGUGCGUCCAUACAGACGUGUACAGUAAAACAAAAUUGUGAUGAAUCAUUACUGCACUGUGCUGUUCGUGCGAAUGCCGUUCAAUGCAUUCAACUGUUUAUUCAAGAAGGAGCCGACGUUAAUUCAUUGAAACCGAAUGGAACAAAUCCCAUACACUUGGCUGCUGAUUUAGGGCUGUCCCAGAGUUUAAAGGCAUUACUGGAUGCGCCAAAGGUAGAUCCGAAUAUUCGGAUUUGCAUUCGAGAAAAAGAGUCCACGGCAUUACAUCUAGCUGCAGAUGAAGGCAAUGCGGAAUGUGUGAACUUAUUGCUAGCCAAGGGUGCCGACGCUAAACUGAAAAACCAUAGAGGCUUUACACCCUUACACUUAGCAGCACGAACGUCCAGUUUGGAAUGCGUCGAAUCUCUUCUUCGAAACGGAAACGCUAAUCCAAACAGUGAAGAUUUCGAUCAAAGGACACCACUGCACGCUGCUGUUGGAAAAUCUGAUUACUCUUUUGAUAUAUUGGAGACCCUCAUUGCUUGGGGUGCAAACAUAAAUCACAAAGAUGUGUUUGGCUUUACCGCAUUACAUUUAGCCGCUCUGGAUGGUUUAGCACAUUGUGUGGAAAUGUUGAUCUUCCAUGGCGCCGAUGUGACAACCAAAUCUCGGAAAGGAACAAGUGCAUUGAAUGUCAUCACUCGUAAAACUCCACAAUCGCUGGCUAUGAUUCAUCAUAAAUUGGACGCAGCAAUUUCACUUCAUGAGUCACAAGAUACAUCCACGCGUGAAGUCGAAUUGGAACUGGACUUUAGACAAUUGAUGCAACAUUGUCAUCCUAGAGAAAUUUCCUUCCUGCACACAUUCAUUGACGAAGGGCAAAAAGAAUUCCUGGAACAUCCGCUAUGUUCUGCGUUUCUUUACAUCAAAUGGGGAAAAAUUCGGAAAUUCUUCAUUGUACGCUUACUGUUUUGCUUCAUAACGGUGCUGUUUCUCUCGUUGUAUGUGCUCACCGCAUUGGCACACAGCUGCUACAACGGAUCAAAGGACAUGAAUGAAACGCUUAAAGAUCAAGAAUUGUGCCAAAAGCAGUCCAUUCUCGGCGACAUGUUGAGGAAAAAUCCGUUCGUCAUCGAAAUGCAGUGGUGGGUUCUGGUUGUGAUCAUUAUGGUGGAGAUUAUUCGAAAACUGUACGGAUUGACGGGGUAUUCGUCAGUGAAGCAUUAUGUGACGCAAAUUGAAAAUAUCAUUGAAUGGUUCGUCAUCAUCAGCGUCUUUCUUACUUCAUACAUCUACAACAAUCGAACGGAUACGUGGCAAAAUCACAUAGCUGCCUUUGCUGUCCUCCUGGGUUGGACGAAUUUGAUGUUGAUGAUCGGUCAACUUCCCGUUUUCGGUGUGUAUGUGUCGAUGUAUACGAAGGUACAAGUGGAAUUUGGGAAGCUAUUUAUGGCCUAUUCUUGCAUGCUCAUUGGAUUCACCAUCAGUUUCUGCGUCAUAUUUCCCGAUUCACCAGUGUUUUCCAAUCCAUUCAUGGGAUUUAUAACCGUUCUAGUUUUGAUGAUCGGGGAACAGGAUUUAUCUCUGCUAACAAAUGAACCCGACGGAACUGACCCUCCAGUGUUACUAGAGAUCAGUGCGCAGAUCACAUUCGUUUUGUUUUUACUGUUCGUCACUGUUAUCCUGAUGAAUCUUCUCGUUGGUAUCGCAGUCAACGAUAUUCAAGCAUUGAAAAAAACCGCCGAACUAUCAAAGUUGGUACGACAAACUGAACUGAUUCUUUACAUCGAGUCAGCUCUCUUCAAAAAAUACCUACCGGCCUGGCUGCGGAAAAUCUUACAUAACACAGCUCUCGUGUCACCGCAAGCAUAUCGGGCAGUUUUGUGCUUGAAACCGCUAAAUCCCGGAGAGAAACGUUUACCUAAAGACAUACUCAUGCGAGCGUACAACGUGGCCAAAGAACGUAAAUUGGCUGAGAACACCAGUUCAUCAUCGGAUCUACAAGAUCCGUUGAGUCAUUCGGAGAAAUUCAAAGACAACAACAAUGUCAAGGCAUUACCAGCGCCUGAUUCGGAUUCAGCUUUGGACACGGUCAGUUUGUGUGCGUUAACGUCUAAGAUGGAAGACAAUGCCGAACGGCUUGAUUCGCUGACGAAAGAGAUACGAGAAUUAAAAUCGGCUUUGCAUCAGAAUGAUCAUGUAAUCGAUCAGUUGCUACUGUUUUUGGCUAGUCAACAGCAGAAAAACGGUGGUAGUAAUAAGAAGAAUAGCGCAUAAGAUUGUGCAACGAUUGAUUGAUUGAUUUGAUUUGAACUAUUCCAUCGAAUGAGUGAAGUGAAAAGAAUAUUUCGGCGCACAUUUUGAAUGUUUGAAAAAAUUUUCUUUUCAAUUUUGUAAUUACAAUGUUGGUUUAAAAAAAUAUUGGAUGUGAGUAAUGUAUACGAGACGAUAGAAUUUACUGGGAAAAAUAUAAAUAAAAGAUUAUAAAAUCUCGACACAUUUACAGAAUGUAGAAUAAUAAAGAUAAUAAUGAUGAUCAAA